AUGGGUGUUCCGGCUCUCUUCAGAUGGCUUUCCAAGAAGUACCCGAAGAUUAUCUCCUCGGUAAUCGAGGAGACUCCUUACGAGGUCAAUGGAGAGCAAAUUCCGGUUGACACUACAGGUGCCAAUCCAAAUGGCGAAGAAAUGGACAACCUGUACCUGGACAUGAAUGGUAUCGUCCAUCCGUGUACGCAUCCAGAGGGCAAGCCGCCGCCGGCAAACGAGCAGGAAAUGAUGGUCGAGAUUUUCCGGUACACGGAUCGCGUUGUUAAUAUGGUCCGGCCCAGAAAGCUUUUGAUGAUUGCUGUCGACGGAGUCGCUCCCCGAGCAAAGAUGAACCAACAGCGAGCACGUCGAUUCCGAUCCGCUCAAGAGGCACGAGAACAAGACGAGAAGAAGGAGGAAUUCCAGAAGAUGCUCGCGAGGCAGAAUGGAGAUAAGGAGCAGACACUUGAAGAGCAGGUCGUCCAAAAAACUUGGGACAGCAACGUUAUUACACCUGGAACGCCAUUCAUGGAUAUCCUUGCAGCAUCGCUACGCUACUGGAUUGCGUACAAACUCAACACUGACCCCGCCUGGGAAAAGAUGAAAAUUAUCAUCUCCGAUGCGACUGUACCUGGAGAGGGUGAACAUAAGAUCAUGGAAUUCAUCCGAUCACAGCGUAGCUCGCCUGAGCACGAUCCCAACACUCGCCAUGUCAUCUAUGGAUUGGACGCGGAUUUGAUCAUGUUGGGUCUAGCUACCCACGAGCCUCAUUUUAGGGUUCUGCGAGAGGACGUGUUCUUCCAAGACUCUAAGCCUCGGACAUGUCACCUGUGUGGUCAACCAGGUCAUAAAGCCGAAGAGUGCAGAGGCCAAGCCAAGGAGAAAAACGGGGAGUUCGAUGAGAAAGGAAAAGUCGCGACUCCUAAACCCUUCAUCUGGCUUCAUGUCUCUGUUCUUAGAGAAUAUCUUGCGGCCGAGCUCUUUGUCCCCCAUCAACCGUUCCCGUUUGAUCUUGAGAGGGCACUCGAUGACUGGGUAUUCAUGUGUUUCUUCGUAGGAAACGAUUUCCUUCCACACCUGCCAUCUCUCGAUAUCCGUGAGGAUGGUAUCGAUACUUUGAUCGCAAUCUGGCGCGACAAUAUCCCGUUAAUGGGCGGAUACCUGACUCAGGACGGACGCGUGGAUUUCAAGAAAGCUCAACUUAUCCUUCAGGGCCUGGCUAAGCAAGAAGACGCUAUUUUCCGCCGUCGUAGACAAGCGGAGGAAAGGAGACAGGCAAACCAGGAACGGCGCAAGCAGGAGGAGAAUGCAAGGAAUGAAGAGCGUGCUCGAAAGCGAAGACGGAGUUCACCUUCUUACGAACCGGUCGAGUCACCCACCAGCGCGAAGCCCCGUGGCCCUGGAGGCGCAGCCCCGGCCCCCCCUGGGCUAGAGUUGAUCACCCCCGGCAGAGGUGAACUGGCUCGACAGACCAGAGAGCUUACUCACAGCAUGGUUGUGAAUCGUGGGGCGGUCUACCGGGCUAAUAUGGCCAACAAAAGUGCUGCUGCUGUCUUGAAGAGCAAAUUGAUGGGAGGGCAGGAUGAUCAGCCCUCAGAGGACGGGGAGUCGACGCCAGACACCACUGACGCACAAGCAGUCGAUGCUUCCGAGUCAGUUCUUGGCAAAAGAAAAGCGGAUGAGUCCGACGUUGGGCAACUUGGUACUGAGACUCCAAGCAAGCCGGAACCUGCAAAGGGCGAUGAGAUGCCUCCCGACACAGUCCGCCUGUGGGAAGAAGGGUACGCCGACCGAUACUAUGAACAGAAAUUCGGUGUCGAUCCUCAAAAUAAGGAGUUCCGCCACAAGGUCGCAAGAGCGUAUGCUGAAGGUCUCGCCUGGGUUUUGUUGUAUUAUUUCCAGGGUUGCCCGUCUUGGACCUGGUACUACCCCUACCAUUAUGCACCUUUCGCUGCAGACUUUGUGGAUAUUGGUGACAUCGAACUGUCAUUCGAAAAGGGCAUUCCAUUCAGACCCUAUGAGCAGCUUAUGGGCGUUCUUCCUGCUUCUUCCAAUCACGCUAUCCCAGAGGUGUUCCACGAAUUAAUGAGCCAUCCUGAAAGCGAGAUUAUUGAUUUCUAUCCCGAAGAUUUCCCCGUUGAUCUCAACGGCAAGAAGUUUGCUUGGCAGGGUGUUGUCUUAUUACCCUUCAUCGAUGAAAAGCGACUUCUAGCUGCGAUGGAAAAGAAAUACCCUCUUUUAACGGACGAUGAAAGGUCUCGUAAUACGGUGGGCCGAGACGUGCUGUUGCUAUCAGAGAGCCACCCGCUCUACCAAGACUUAGUCGGAAAUUUCUACUCCAAGAAGCAAGGUGCUCCAAAGUACAAGCUCAACAUGCGGAGUAGUGAGGGAUUGGCCGGCAAAGUCGAGAAAAACGAGUCGUACAUUCCACAUAGUUCGCUUGUCUCGUCUUUGGAGGAGUAUGGCAUGCCAUCAUUGGAUGAUGACCGCUCACUAACUGUGAGUUACGAGAUACCCAAGUCUACGCACGUCCACAAGUCCAUGCUCCUCCGGGGAGUGAAAUUCGCGCCACCCGCCUUGGACAAUGCGGACAUCCAGGCCACCAAAUCCAGAGCCCAGCAUACCGGGCGCUCUUUUGGUGGCGCACCGUUCCGUGGUGGACGUGGAGGAGGUCGUAUGAACUACGGCGGCGACAGAGGGGGUGACAGAGGGGGUGACAGAGGCGGCGACAGGCCGAAUCCAUUCGCGGCACACCUUGACCCCAAGUUCAUGCCUGGGGGCAACCCUGCUGCGAUUCCCUCUGGCUGGGCUCCUCCAUCCGGCUCUGGCAACUUUUCUAGGGGACCACCGCCUCCUCCCCGCGGAGGGUAUGGGCAGCAGUAUGGAUCCUACAACUCGGGCCAUGGUCAGCAGCGCAAUUACCAACAGUCGAACUACGGUCAGGGCAACUACUAUGGUCGAGGCCCGCCAGGGCAAUACAAUAACGGCCCGGCUGAUCAGUACGGACGGCCCUCAGGCUACGAACCUCGAGGUGGAGGGCACUCACGCGGAGGUUACCGCGGAGGCCGAGACAACUAUUCGUCAAGAAACCAAGGCGGAUACGGCCGAUAUUAA